AUGGGAAUGAAGGGAGUAAGGCAGGCUUGGUGCCAGUUGCCAGGGUCAACCAAGAGUCUAGAUUGCAAGACCUGUGACCAGGAGCUGAGAACAGGUGCAAAGAAGGAACGAUGUCUUCAAGGGAAAAGCCUACUUCUGUGUGCACUUCUUCUCAGUACUCUCCUUGGUUUUACAUUACUUAUCACCUACAUCAUGAUGACUUGUGGUCUAGGAUCAUGUGAUGCUGAGCGGAGGCUUGCACUGUUGUCCAGACUCCUGAAUUCUAGGAAUGACACUGUAGACCCCUGUCAGGAUUUCUACAAGUAUGCUUGCGGCAACUGGGAAGGCAAUCACUCAAGCAGAACCACAGAAGAGUCACGAAACGUCUUUGAUAUAUUGUUGGAAGAAAACCAGCUUGUCCUGAAAAGGCUUUUAGAGGCCCCACAGUUUGAGAUAAGAGGCUCAGCUAAAGAGAAAGCAAUCCAGUUCUAUCGUUCCUGCAUGGAUACCCAAAAGAUAGAAUCCCAAGGAAAUCAACCAUUGAAGGACCUCCUAAAUCAGGUUGGUGGAUGGAACAUCACAGGCAUAGGGAAAGCAAAAGAUUUUAAUGAAACUCUUCAGAUUCUCAUGGGCAGAUACAACACCUUUCCCUUUUUCACAGUGCAUGUAGGACCUAGUCCUUUUGAUCCCAAGACCAAUGUAAUUCAGAUUGACCAUCCUGAGUUUGAGAUGCCACCUGAGAGUAAAUUCAAAGAGAAAAAAUAUCUUGAGGUUCUCCGUGUCUAUCUCUCAUACCUGCAGAAACUGGGGGGGCUACUUGGAGGUCCACAGGAUGGUUCCCCUCAUUCCUUUUCCCUUACCUUGUCCUUCAUCUCUAACCUCCAGCGUGUUGUUACCCCACUGCAGGAAAGACAGCAGAGGGGGAUGCUGUUCUUUCGCACUACCAUUAAGGAGCUACAGGAAAAGGCACCUGCUAUUGACUGGUUGUCAUGUCUCCAGGCCCUCUUCCAUCCUAUGCCAAUGAACCUCUCUCAGCCAAUUGCAGUGCAUGACAUGGAUUACUUAAGAGGCAUGUCACAGCUCAUUGAACGAUGGCACAAUAACAGGGCCCUUCCCAUCUAUAUGAUUAUUUGUCUGGUUGUGAAUCUCUCCCCUGCCCUUGACAGUCGAUUCCAAGAUGCACGCUUGGAGCUAUCUAAGAUUCUUCAUGGAAAAAUGGGAUCUAGAGUGAUCCCAGUUGAGCGCUGGAAGAAGUGUUUGACUGAUACCAGCUCUUUCUUUGAGCCAGUCCUAGGGCAGAUGAUUGUGAAGGAAAUUUUCCCUCAGCAAACCAAGAAACUUGCUGAGGAGAUGUUCUCUGAGAUCCAAGAUGCCCUCUACAGCCAACUGGAUCGGUUGGAGUGGAUGGAUGAGCAAACACGUCAACAAGCUAAAGUUUUGGUGUCCACGCUACAAGUGGAGAUUGGCUAUCCAGCUUACAUACUUCAGACUGCCAAAGUGAACCUGGAAUACCAGAAUCUGGAGAUAAAUGAAGACACUUUUUUCCUCAACGUGGUGGCUUGCUUGAAGACAAUGAGGGAGAAUUCCUACUCAAAGCUCCUUCAGCAUCAUUCACAUGUUAACUGGCAGGUGUCCCCCUGGGCUGUCCAUUCAUACUACUCACUAAGGCACCACAUGGUGGUCUUUCCUGCUGGAAUGUUCCGCAGCCCUUUUUUCCACAUGGAUUUUCCCAGUGCUGUGAACUUUGGAGCUAUUGGGGUCUUCAUGGCACAUGAACUUCUUCACGCAUUCUAUGGUUAUGUGUUGCCUGGUGGCUGUCCUACAUGCAACAGGAGUGUGCUACAGAAAUCUGUAGAUUGCUUUGUUGAACAGUAUGAAAGCUUUGACUUUAAGGUCAACGGUACUCUUACGCUCUUGGAGAAUACAGCUGACAAUGGAGGGCUUGCCAUUGCUUACCAGGCCUACAAGAAUUGGCUGAAAAAGCACAAACAGGAGGAUUUACCCAAGAUCGGACUUUCACACGACCAGCUUUUCUACCUCAGUUUCGCUCAUGCAAUGUGUGGACACCAGGAUCCCGAGGAAUUACAGUCUUCCUUGAACACAGAUCCACACAGUCCCUUGUCACUUCGCGUCUGUGGGCCUGUUAGCAAUAGCAGGGACUUUUCCAAGCACUUCCACUGUCCCAGUAGAUCACCAAUGAACCCAGACAGCAAGUGCCACAUUUGGUAA